CAUAUUAAUGUUCUAGUUUUUACGAUGUUCUAGAUGUCUGGUGGAAUCUUUCACUUUACCAAGAACGCUUAAAACUACGGUUAUUUCUAUGAAUGGACUACAACCUCCUCAAGUGACAAAAAAAGGUAUAAAUAUACCCCAAAACAUCAAGCUUUACUCAAGAAAUAGCCACAAGCAUAUACGAUUGCGCAUGUCAGGAGUAGAUGGAAAGGGACUGCGUACAGAUUCUGACGCUCAAUUAGUCCUCGAGUCUGUAGGAUUUGGUGGUCAAGUACAGAUCAAAUCUUCUAGCGGUAAACGUUAUCUUUGUGUAGCUGGUCACGGCGCUUUUAUAGUCAAGUUUUUCAAGAACCAAUCACAGGCGCACAUCGACCAUUGCAUCUUCAUUCAAGGACAYUACAAUGGUUACACGGUUUAUAGAACAAAAGUACACAAAGACUGGUAUCUAGGAAUCAAGAACGACGGAAGAUUAAAAUCCGCAAAGAAGACAUCAAUAACGCAACGAGCAACUCACUUCAUCGAAAUAUAAACAAAGUAAGACAGGACACCAUCUGCUUGAAUUAAGUAUAUUGACACCACCGCAUAUUGCGGAGAUAAUAGUYCCUAGUAGUGCCUUGAAAUAUUUUCAUAUUUGUGAUAAAUAGAGGAUAUUACAUGGGCGCGCGGAGAUACGGAUUUUAUCUUCGAGUGUUGAAAACCAUUCACGAGUGAGCGAAUAGCGAUUUUCAACACGAGAAGAUACAAUUCGUAUCUUCAAGCGACCAUGUAAUAUUCUGUUUAUCAUAUUAUUAUUAGCAAAUUAUGUUUUAAAAUAACUUUUAAUAACCUUCAUUAUAUAGAGAUACCACAAAUGGGUUAUUUUCUUMAGUGAAAAUAUUUUCACUAGUGAGAAUAACAACUUYACGUUAUGGAGAAAUAUAGGUAUUUYAUAGAUAAUUUUAUGAUAAAAAAUGCUUAUCACAAAAUAUGGAAAUGUUUUUUUUAUCCGAAUCCAGUAAUGCUUAAUAAGGAAAAACCAUUUUUAAGGGACGUAAUCUWGAGGGUGUGGCAUKGUGUKGUCCUUAAAGGUGCUGCCACCACUCCUUUACAAAACCUCAUCGUUUCCUGUAUUACCACGUCACUUAAGUUGCUCUAUAUAAAUAGAUAUCUAUUGAUAUCUGGGGAAAGUUAGUAAAUCUAUUUUGGUAAAGAAUCAUGGUUCUUAUUAGACACACAGAGCGAUAUAUUGACAGUGACAGGACAGUCAAGGAUGACUGGCUUUUCUAUACUUCUAAGAAGUGAUGUUUAUCCUUUUAGUUUUAGUAUUACUGGAUUCUAGUCGUUUUAGUAAUAGUAAUAUACGUAUUAGUGAUCGUAAUAUAAGAGUAAUACAGCAAUAUGCAGAUUUAUGAUCUUUUUGACUCAUAUUCCAAGUACAUAUAUAAUAUAUCAGAAAUUAUGGGAUAUCAUAUGUUUUUUUYAAAGAAGUACUGGGCCAGGAAACUUUAAAAAGAUAUUGGUGAUGAUAUCCCAUAAUUUCUGAUAUAUUUCAUUAUAUAUACAUGGAAUUUGAUCGAGUCAAAAAGAUCCUAAUUUCUGCUUAUUGUUGUGAUGUUAUAGUAAUAGAAUAUAAGAAUAAUAGGCCUUCUGCAUGAAAGCGUCACAUAAUACUAAAUCUGCCAUACUGGAUGCCAAAAGAAUGUCAACAACCUUAAGUGAAAGGUCCUGAAACCAUUACGAAAAUAUUUAUUUAUUUAAAUUACAUAAACAGAGCCUCAUGAGUACCAAAGACUGUACAAAUAAUAUAUUUGUAUAUAAAAGAAAGAUUUAUUUAUAUAUUAUUAUUAUUAUAGAAAACGAAGUAUUCUUAAAAAUAUGAUUUUUACAAAUAUUGUAUAAGAGAUUUUAUC